CGUCGUCUUACAGAGAGCUCCUCUGAGAUUGAGAGAUUUCCCCAAAAAUGGCGGAAAGCAAAGAGAACUACGACCUAACCCCUCGAGUAGCACCAAACCUAGACCGUCACCUGGUGUUUCCCAUACUCGAGUUCCUACAAGAGCGUCAGCUUUACCCCGAUGAGCAGAUCCUCAAGUUCAAGAUCGAGCUUUUGAACAAGACCAACAUGGUUGAUUACGCCAUGGACAUCCACAAGAGUCUUUACCACACCGAAGACGCUCCUCAAGAUAUGGUGGAGAGGAGAGCUGAGGUUGUGGCGAGGCUUAAGUCUCUGGAGGAGGCGGCUGCUCCGCUUGUGACGUUCCUUUUGAACCCUAAUGCUGUUCAGGAGCUAAGAGCUGAUAAGCAGUACAAUCUCCAGAUGCUCAAGGAACGUUACCAGAUUGGUCCAGACCAGAUUGAGGCUUUGUAUCAGUACGCUAAGUUUCAGUUUGAAUGUGGUAACUACUCUGGUGCUGCUGAUUACCUCUACCAGUACAGGACGCUUUGCUCUAACCUUGAGAGAAGUUUAAGCGCCUUAUGGGGGAAGCUUGCUUCUGAGAUUUUGAUGCAGAACUGGGACAUUGCACUUGAAGAGCUCAACCGUGUUAAAGAAAUUAUUGAUUCUAAGAGUUUUUCAUCGCCGUUAAACCAGGUUCAGAACAGGAUUUGGUUGAUGCAUUGGGGUCUUUACAUCUUCUUUAACCAUGAUAAUGGAAGGACACAAAUCAUUGAUCUUUUUAUCCAGGACAAGUAUCUGAAUGCGAUACAAACUAGUGCUCCACACUUACUGCGUUACUUGGCAACUGCUUUCGUUGUCAACAAAAGGAGAAGGCCUCAACUGAAAGAAUUCAUCAAGGUCAUUCAACAAGAGCACUACUCCUACAAAGAUCCUAUUGUGGAGUUCCUGGCAUGUGUGUUUGUCAAUUAUGACUUUGACGGGGCUCAGAAGAAGAUGAAAGAGUGUGAAGAGGUCAUUGUGAAUGAUCCAUUCCUUGGAAAGCGAGUUGAUGAUGGAAACUUUUCAACUGUGCCGCUGAAAGAUGAGUUUCUUGAAAAUGCACGGCUGUUUAUCUUCGAAACCUACUGCAAAAUUCAUCAGAGAAUUGACAUGGGGGUUCUUGCUGAGAAAUUGAACCUGAACUAUGAGGAGGCAGAGAGAUGGAUUGUGAACCUUAUCCGUACCUCUAAGCUUGAUGCCAAGAUUGAUUCCGAGUCAGGAACCGUAAUUAUGGAGCCUACUCAGCCCAACGUGCAUGAGCAGUUGGUAAACCACACCAAAGCCUUAUCAGGAAGGACUUACAAGUUAGUGACUCAGCUCUUAGAACACUCGCAGGGGCAAGCAGCUCGGUAAUCACACCUAUUUUUUCCCGUCGAAUCUAUCUUUGACCCUUGUCUUGAUAAGCCUUGCUUUCUUGUCACUCGAAUCAGUUGUUUUUUUGCUUUGAAUUUGCCUUCACUUCGCAAACAUGUCUACACACUUUCAUUUUGCAAAAGUUAUAUUUACUGUUGGAUUCGUACAUUGCUUCUACAUUGAGCAUACAUAUCACAAGUGUAGCCUUUCAAAAUUAUAAAUUACACCACGAGUCCAA